UUAUCGUAAAUUGGACGAUAGAUACGAGCCACACGAAUUCAGAUCAAUGACGGACCAAGGACGACGCGAUAAAAUAUAGAGAAAAAUGUCACAAACCCUAAAAUAAUCCAAAUCAAACAAACCUAAUCUUGCUGCAGUACGAGCUAAGCCCCCCAGCGUAUAUAUUGGACCUUCUCGGUUGCAAAACUCUCUAAUGUAACGUGACCCCGUGGCGGACCUGUUAGGUGGUGUUUUACUUUUCAAAGAAUGAAGAAACCUUCACACUCAUUUAGCCUUCUCAGGAGGUCGAUGUUGCAGGACUUUGUUCUGACAAACCUACCCAAAAAGAUGAUUGUCGUUAUGUUCGUGUCUCUAAUUGUGUUCUCCGUUGUUUUUCUUUACGAUUCAAGCAUGAUGGCCGACGAAAUAACAACGACGUUUAGAGGGAUAAAUUUAAAAUAUUAUGACCAAGGGUAUUUGGUGUCCAGUCCGAAGUGCAAAAUUGUGGACAGGGAACCAUUUUCCGAAGAAGCUUUAAGGUAUUUUCGACCAACGAAAUACAGAUCUUGCUCAACACGACAGCUGUUAUCCUUCGUAACCAAAGAAAGGAAUGUUGCAACUGUACAUAUCAGGAAUGAGGUAACGCAACAAUAUACAACCAGACCAAUCACCUGCUGUUACUCGAACGUGAGUCGAGUAGUUGACGGUCCAAUGCCCGAUCACAAUAUCGCAAUAUCCUCUUGCGAAACGUUCCGAGACAAUGUUACGAUCUCCAGCGACGCUGUUAUUAUUCAGUGCAAAGAAGAAUCGUCUAAAAAGUUGAUAUACGAAAACGCGCACGCAGCAGUCACUAUAACGGAAAACGUUCGGGAAAGAUUAGAUUCAUUUGGUAACAAACCAAAACCACUAAACGUUUUGAUGAUCGCCGUCGACAGCGUUUCUAGGUUAAACUUCAUUAGGACCAUGCCCAAAACCUAUAGCUUCAUUGAACGGAACAAUUGGUUAACGUUAAAAGGAUACAACAAAGUAGAAGAUAAUACAUUUCCGAAUUUCAUGGCAAUUUUCACAGGUUAUAACCAAUCAGACGCGUCCGGGAUUUGCAAUCCGGAAAUCGAAGGAAAGUUAGAUAGUUGUCCAUUUUUGUGGCAGACUUACCGAGAUCUGGGAUAUGUCACUGCUUACGUAGAGGACGAAGCAAAAAUCGGCACAUUCACAUUCCAUAAGAAAGGUUUUAGUCGUCCUCCAUGUGAUUAUUAUUUCCGUCCCUACAUCCUAGCAUCUGAAAAAUUAGCCGGGUAUAAAUUGAAUGGAAUGACCUAUUGCACUGGUCCAGAAUCUGCGGGAGAACGGAUCCUGAACUUGGCGAAAGAUUUUUCAUCUACGUUUGCGGAAGGUCCAUACCUGGGUGUAUUCUGGAUGAACUCGUUUAGCCACAACGAACUGAAUUCCCCCAUGAUGUUGGACGAAAAGAUUACCCAAUUUUUGAUUGAUUUAAAUUACACCGGAACUUACGACAACACAAUCGUAAUUCUGUUUAGUGACCACGGGAUCCGAUUUGGUAACAUUCGAACAACAAAAACUGGUUGGUUGGAAGAACGUCUCCCUUUUAUCUACUUCUCUUUCCCUUCGUGGUUUAAGAAAAUGUUUCCAGCGGAAUACCAAAAUUUUGUUGAUAAUGAACGUAAACUGACGACUCCUUACGACUUUCACAUGACGCUGCAAGACAUAUUGAUUUUAUCCGGGCUGAAUCACGAGGUAACCCCAAGCCAAGGAUGUCCAAAUUGCAAGUCUCUGUUCGAUGAGAUCCCCGUCGAUAGAUCAUGCGAAGAGGCUGGUAUAGAAGAUCACUGGUGCACGUGUGCGGGCUACGCAGAUACGUCAUUAGAACCGGACGUUGCAAAAAUGGUAUCGGACGUGAUCACUGACGAAUUACAUAAGAGGACCUCGAACGAAUCCAAGGGAGGCGGAGAUCAUAUUUGUGCUAAAUUUUCCGUAAAGGAGUUUUUAAGUACAAGACUGUCGCAACCGUUUUCUUAUAAAAAUGAUUCGUAUUUACUGGUUAGCGUGAGAACGGAGCCUAGUGCUGUCUUCGAAACAACAUUAAGAUUUGCGGAUGAUAUUAGGUUAGGAAAUUUUUUUGUUGGCUACAUUAGUCGCCUGGAUGCGUAUGCAAAAACCAGCAAGUGCGCGUCCACGGACUUCUUAAAAAAGUACUGUUACUGUCUGCAGUGAUUUUAUUUCAUUUAGCUACUAGAUAUAUGAACGACCUGCCCAUGCUGAUAAUACAAAAAUUUUUGAAGCGACAAUAUGAGCAUGCGCGGUCAUCUGAAAUCUCGUGUUCAAUCAAUGAAACAUAGUUGCGUUCAACGACCAACAUGGCGGAACACAGUUUGUCAAUUUGACAGGUGUCAGUUUAGAUGUAGCAAUUUUAGACAGUAAUUUCUCAGGUCUAUUUAAAUUGGGAGCAUAUGUUAAUGCGGACAUAAACGUCUGUCUGAAGGGGCCU